UAAAAAUAAUUGACCGUGAGUCUAUUUAAAUAUCUGUGUUGAUAUAAUAAUAUAACAGAUAUUGUCACUUUGUUGAGAAUACGUGCGUACACAGUACGGUUGUACAAAUGUAAAGGUUUUUUUCGUUUUUUUGGUUAAAGCAUAAAAUGAUAACGGUCAGAUAAGUGUAAUGUCUGGGAAAGCAUACGAUAGUACGAUAGUUGUUCGAUCAUCCACAGCAGUCUGCGAAGUGCGAAGUAGAAGGUUAACCUUUUUAGUCGUUUUAACAAGAAUGGACACGUGCCAAACAUAGGGUUGUAUGUACUGAGAAGUUGUUGAGAGAGGGUUGUUCGUUGUUGUUUUCCUGUGAUAAAUAAACAUUCGUUGUUUUUCAGUACCGGUGUGUGAUUCGAUGUCUGAGGUUCGGACGGAGAGUGAGUUGAUUGAACACAAAUUAGGCGUAGCUUUAUAAAUAAAUUCUUCGCCUUCUUCAAAAUAUGUCACGUCAUGAAGGGGUCUCCUGUGACUUUUGUUCUAAAAAUAACUUCAAGGAAAAGCGUUUCAAGUGUUUGAGAUGUUCGGAUUACGAUUUGUGCUUGACGUGUUACGACAUGGGCACGACGGUCACAAACCACCCUGCGGACCAUCCGUUCCAGUGCAUAGUCACCCAGGCUGAUUAUGAUCUGUAUUAUGGUGGCGAACCGAUGCCCAGGCCACAGUCUUUCACUUGUUCAAUUUGCGGUAAGUUGGGAUUCACAGAGACGCUCCUGGUGGAACACGCCGUAGUGGACCAUGACGAUGCGUCGAUAGAAGUUGUGUGCCCGAUAUGCGUCGCAAUGCCAUUUGGUGACCCUCAUGCAGUGACAGACGAUUAUGCGGGCCACCUCACCAGGGAGCACGGAGACACGGUAUUCGUCGAUGAUUUUCGCAACCAGUCAUCAAGAGGCAGACGUCCCACUAGAUCCGCCUCUUCUGCCACUUCUCGUCACAACUUUGAUCCUCUCUCAGAGAUACUUUCCCAACUUGCCCGUUCCAGGAGGAGUCAACAGUUCCGCUCUCACGUAGGCCCCGGCCAGACUGAGAGAUCCCAGCUCCGACAACAGCUCGGGAGAGGAGACCAACGCCUCGAAGACUUUAUCGUCCCCGUCGUCCCACCACGCAAAUCUCCUGCCCAGAACGCCUCCGGGGAUGCAUCGAAAUUUGUAUUGAUCAAACAAUCCAAAAACACAUCGGGGAAAAAAGUUGAACUGGAAAAGAUAGAUGAAAAUCUCUCGGCAAGAAGCCUGUUCAUGCAACAGGUCAUGCUUUCGACUAUCUGCAACCCCAGUUCAGUCAAUUCUGCCCAACCGUUUAACCUCAAAAGUUUGCCUAGAAACGGAUCAUACGGGCAUGAUGACCUGUUUCAAAAACCCUAAGACAAAAGUAAAAAACCAAAUUAUUUUUUAAUUUUUUUUUUUUUUUCUUCAGGAGCCUAAUCUAUGGCUUCUUCUAUCAUUAAGAUUUUUUAUAUUAAAAAAGUGUACUUGAGUUGUUUGAAAUAUCAGACAAUUCUUUUAAUAUUCUUGUAAUAUAAAAUCUAAUUUUUUUUUUUAAAGAAAAAGAUAAGUUUAAUUCAACAUAAAUGAUGCUGUGAAUACAUUAGAGACCUUCAAUUCGAAAUGUUUCUUUUUGAAGGAAAAAUAAAAUGAAAGGACUGAAAAAUAUAGGAAUUAAUAUCUUGUGGGUGUAACAAAAUGUUGAACAAUCGUACCAUCAAUUGUGACAAAUAUUUUAACUUUUAAUAAAGUAAAUGAUAAACAUUCUUGGUUGACAGUUUUUUGUUUUGUUUUUCGACUUAUUACUCUACUAUUAAAAAAAGAAUGAUUAAAGUUCAUGAACUUCAGCUUGGUUAUAAAAAGUUUUUGAAAAAAUAAAAAAAUAAAUUACAUUAUCAGCUUGUAAUUGUUUGUCCUGAAAAUGUAUACCGAUACUUUGUCAUUAAAAGUGUAUUUUUCACAAAUGAAU